GGGGGAGAGAAACAAAACAGUGGAAGGGUUUUCCAGUCCAGGGAGGGAGCAGGGGAAGGCAUUUGCCAAGGGUGGAAAAAGAAAGGCAAUACAUUGGAAGCAUCUGCUGGGAAUAAAUAUUAAUCUGGGAAGCAAUGAGAGUCUGGGCUGCCUGGGGUUUAAUCUGUGUCUCUCUCCAGUCUCUGGUGUUGGCUCUGGCAGAGCAUCCUCCUUGCAAUGAGUCGCAGUAUCACUUCGAGUACACGGAAUGUGACAGAAGUGGCUCCCGAUGGCGGGUGGCCGUUCCCAACUCUCCCGGACAGUGCACUGGGCUGCCCGACCCCAUACGAGGCAAAGAAUGCUCGUUUUCCUGCGGGGCGGGCGAGUACCUGGAGAUCGCCUCCCAGUCCUGUGCCAAGUGCUCCUCGGGGAGUUACUCACUGGGCAGUGGCAUCAGGUUUGACGAGUGGGAUCAGUUGCCCCCGGGCUUCUCCACCAUCUCCACCUUCGUGGACGAGGUUAACGAGGGCGUCCCCAGCAACAACUGUAGCCUGUCCAGGUGGGUUCCACACGGCAGUUACAUCGCCUCCAACAGGGACGACUGCACAGUGUCCCUCAUCUACUCCGUUCACCUGAAAAAAAGUGGCAACAUCAUCUUCGACUAUCAGUACCUGGAUAACAGCAUAUUCUUUGAGUUUUUUGUACAAAACGAUCAGUGCCAAGACACGGAAGCUGCGGAGCAGAAGUGGAUGAGCCUGACAGACAGCGGGGAAUGGAAGAGUCAUUCGGUAAAUCUGAAGACCGGCACCAAUGUGCUUUACUGGAGAACCACAGGAAUCCUGCUCGGCAACAAGAUAGUCAAACCAGUGCUUCUGAAGAGCAUCUCCAUCGAAGGGGUGGCCUACACCUCUGAGUGCUUUCAGUGCAAACCCGGCACCUUCAGCCCAGCAGCCGGCUCCACGGUCUGUCAGCUCUGCCCCAGGAACACCUUCUCCCAGAGAGGUGCCAGCUCCUGCCAGACGUGCAACCUUGUUCAACAGUUUUCAGAGGAAGGAUCGAGUGUGUGCAAGAGCCGCCCGCCAUGCACGAAGGAUGACUACUUUCAAAUCCAUACUCCAUGUGACCAGGAAAGAAAGACCCAGAUAAUGUACAAGUGGAUCAUGCCUAAACUGUGCAGAGAGGACGUGAAGAAAGCCAUUCAACUGCCCCCCUCGGGGGAGAAGAAGCCUUGCCCCCCCUGCAAUCCCGGCUUCCACAACAACGACACCUCCACCUGUGCCCCCUGCCCGCAUGGCACCUUCUCAGACGGAAUGAACGAGUGCAGACCCUGCCCGGCGGGAACGGAGCCAGUGCUGGGCUACGACUACAAAUGGUGGAACACGCUGCCCGACAACAUGAAGUCGUCGUGUUUCAACGUCGGGAACUCAAAAUGCGACGGGAUGAACGGCUGGGAAGUGGCCAGAGAUCACAUACACAGCGGAGUUGGAGGCUCGGAUAAUGACUACCUCAUCCUAAACCUUCACAUCCCCGGAUUCAGCCCGCCGAUCACAACCGCAGAAGUGACUGGCCAGGAGAUGGGGAGGAUUACGUUUGUCUUUGAGUUGCAGUGUGAGAGUGACUGCCAACUGUACUUCAUGAUCGAUUUGAACAGGAAGUCCACCAGUGUGGUGGAGUCGUGGGAAGGGAACAAAGAGAGACAAUCCUAUUCUCACAUCUUAACCCAAAACGCCGCAGUCACUUACACGUGGGCUUUCCAAAGGUCAACGCUCUCACACCCGGUCAGAAAGUCCCUGAACGACAAAGCCAAGAUCUACUCCAUCACGGUGACCAACGUGGAGGGCGGGGUCACCUCAUACUGUCGGCCCUGUGCCCUGGGUAAUGACCGCCAGGGGUCCUCCUGCGUGCCCUGCCCCACCGGGCACUACAUCCAGAAAGAUACCAGUCAGUGCCACGAGUGCCCACCCAACACUUAUCUCUCCCCUCACCAGGCCUAUGGCAAAGAGGCCUGUCUUCCCUGUGGGCCUGGCAGCCGCAGUAAUAAGGACCACUCCAUCUGCUUCAACGAUUGCAGUUUUGUGCACAGUCAGGCGAACCAGACGUUAAUCUUUAACUUCAGCUCGUUCAGUGCCGUGGGUUCCUUGAUGAAUGGGCCCAGUUUCACCUCCAGGGGCACCAGAUACUUCCAUUUCUUCAAUAUCAGUCUGUGUGGCAAUGAGGGGAAGAAGUUGGCCAUGUGCUCGGACAAUGUGACCGAUGUGACACUGAAGGACGUCGACAGCAGGUCUGUGGACUUCAGCACCUCCAUCUCCUCCUUCCUGUGUCAGUCCACCAUCAUUCCCUCAGACGGGAGGAGUUUCAGAACAGCCAUCUCCUCCCAAUCCAUCAGCCUGGCUGACGCCUUCUUAGGGGCGAGUGUUGAACCAGUGUUCCAGAAUAUCACCGCCCGACCGAAUCGCUUCCCCGCCCCCACCAACAGCAUCCCUGACGUGCACUUCUACUAUGUGUCCUCCAUGUCCACAGCUUCGUGUGAAAACGGCCGAGGAACAGUCAUCACGUUGAGGUGUAACCCCGAGAAGCCGGGCAGAGGGGACAUCCAGGUGCCGAGUGGCUGUCCUGGGGGGACCUGCGAUGGCUGUACCUUCCUCUUCCUGUGGGAGAGCGCAGAGGCGUGCCCGCUCUGUACACCCAGCGACUAUCACGCCAUAGAGGGAGCUUGUAAAAGUGGAGUUCAGGAAACCACGUACGUGUGGAAGGACCCGAAGCUGUGCCUGGGCGGCGUGAACCUGCCCCUGAAGAGCUCCGGCAGCUGUGAGCUGAUCGAUUUCUGGCUGAAGGUGGUGGUGGGAAUCGGAGCCUUCAGUGCCGUGCUCCUCGUCAUCCUCACCUGCUACUUCUGGAAGAAGAACAAGAAGCUGGAGUACAAGUAUUCCCGGCUGGUGAUGAACGCCAACUCCAAGGAGAUCGAGUUGCCGGCAGCUGACAGCUGUGCUAUAAUGGAGGGAGAGGACAACGAGGACGAGGUGGUUUACUCCAACAAGCCCUCACUGCUCGGCAAACUCAAGUCCUUCGCUUCCAAGGACAAAGAUGACAUCUUCGAGUCGGUGCAGCUCAAAUCUCCGAGAUCUCGGAAUAUCUGAAGGAAGGAGAUGGAUGGAUCCAUGGCAGGACCUGUUGGCUGUAUCUCUUUAUUCCGGACUGUGGCCG